AUGUCGACGACAGACGAAUCGCCGACAAUCGGCGAUGUGGCCGCUCGAAAACAUCAAAUGGGACUGUGGUCCUGCAUGAGUUAUGUUAUUGGUAAGGAGUGCACGACAUUUUGGGUCUCGCAACGAUUUAAUUGAAGCAUUGGAUAUAAGACUUUUGAAUUAGAGUAGAAUGAUCGUAAUUUUAAAAAAAAUUACAACAUCAACACGGAAAAUUUUUUAUCUUUUUUAGAAACUUUUUCAUGGAAUGUGAUCAACUGACGAAAUGUAUAGCAAAGUGAACUCUGCUCAUAGAAAAAUAAUUGUAAAUUUAGCUUUUCAUACAAAAAAGUUAUUCGAGUUGUUCCGUGAAAAAAGGGCCAACGGAUCAACUCGAAUAAUUUUUGUUGUAUGAGCGCUAAAUUUACAAUUAUUUUUCUAUGCGCAGAGUUGACUUUGCAAUACAUUUCGUCAGUUGAGCGCAUUUCAUGUAAAAAUUUUCUAAAAAAGAUACAAAUUCUUCCGUGUUCUUCCGUUGAGUUCUUCCGCUCAACUCUGCUGACAGCCUUGGUUAUACGUGUUUGCAUAAGAAAUCAUUCAAAUCUGUGAAUUCCAUUCGAUUCAGUACAGCAAUUUUUACGGUGAUUGGUCAUCUAGUUGCACAUUCUGACAUUGCCGAAAGGUCCCCUCGUCAUAAGUGUAGCCCUUUUAGGGAGAACCCGAUGGAUUUUUAAUUCCUAAUGGGUCCGCCCGUGUUUCACCUGUGUCGCUGUAAUUCUGGAACCAACUGGAACACCAAAUUCCAUCUACGGAUCGUCAGAAUUUUCGGGUUUCUCCUAGCUGGGCAAUACUUAUGCCGCGUCCAAUGUCUCGGAAAAACCGUAAAAGUCGGCCGAAAUUUGCGUGAAAAACGGGGGUGCGCACAGCUCAAUGAGUGUAACCGUACCCCUAAAACUACGGUAUUUUUUGAAAAUUUGCGCAAGAAAUUUGAAUAUUUUCAAAUAACCUCAAUAAAUUAACAAAUUUUCAAAAAAUACCGUAGUUUUAGGGGUACGGUUACACUCAUUGAGCUGUGCACACCCCCGUUUUUCACGCAAAUUUCGGCCGACUUUGGACAGAAAAAUCUGCGGUUUUUACGGUUUUUCCGAGACAUUGGACGCGGGCGGCAACUAGGCAAUAGAUGGCCAAUCACGCUAAUAAAUUGGAAAGCCCAGAGAUGCUUUGCUAUGCUAUUUUUAGGGUUCCUUUUGGAAAUACCAGUGUAAGAAUGCGAAAUUGUUGAAUUCUAAAACCAACGAAACGUUUCCAGCAAACAUCAUCGGCGCGGGAAUCUUCAUCACGCCGGGAACCAUUCUAGAGUCCACCUAUUCGAACGGACUCGCACUUCUCGUGUGGAUCGGAUGCGGAAUUAUUUCGUUAAUCGGUCAGACCGUAUUCUGCGUUUCACUUUUUAUUUUCAAUCUUUGCAGGCGGCAUCUGCUACAUCGAAUUGGGCACGUCGAUCCAGGAUCCCGGAUGUGAUUUUGCCUAUAAUGUACCCACUUUUUUUUUGUUCUGGAAACAAUUCGACUUUUUAUGACAAUUUCAGGUGUACGUCGGCUGGGAAGGCAUCGCAUUCUCAUUUAUGUGGGUCGGAGUGGUCAUGUCAUUUCCGGCGUCCGCCGCCGUUCAAGCCAUCACUUUUGGACAGUACAUCGGUCUGUGUUGGGCCUAAAAUUUGUUAAAAUAUUAUAUGUUUUCAGUGGCCGGAUUGGACCCAGUUUGGCAUUUGGAGGCGCCGUGGCACGAUGUGGUCGAACGAGGACUCGGAUUCGUUCUGAUUUGUAAGAAAAUAGUUCGUUUAGAAAACAACGACAAUUUUGAGCACACACAAAUUCAGUGUUCUUCGCUCAUUUCAGUGAUCCUGACCAUCCUCAACCUGUACGCCAUCGACAAGUACGCGUCGAAAUUCCAAGUGGUCGUCACGAUCGCCAAAUUGCUCUCCCUUGCAGUGAUCAUCAUCACCGGCUUCUAUUUUCUCAUUUUCAAAGGUUUGCCCACCCAUCAUUUGCGCCUGAAAUUCAACUGAAAACUGGCAGGUUGGACCCAAAACCUGGAGCAUCCGUUCGUCGGCUCCAACACGAAUCCCGGUCAGAUUUCGUUGGCGUUCUACGGAGCACUUUGGAGCUUUGCCGGAUGGGACAUUCUCAAUUACGGAACUCCAGAAAUUCAUCGACCGCGAAGGUUUGUUGAAAAUCCUGUGCGUAGAAUUUUUGAAUGAAAGACGAGUUCUUGCAAAUCGGGUGUGAAAAUAAAUUGCAGAACGAUGCCGAUUGCCCUGCUGGGCGGCGUGACGAUUGUGACGGCGGUGUACGUGGCGAUGAACAUCUCGUACAUGACAGUCCUGACGCCCGAACAGAUCAUCAACAGCACGGCGGUGGCCGCCGACUUUGCCCAGGUGACGCUCGGAAAGUUCUCCUACGCCAUCCCGUUCAUGAUCGCACUUUUGCUCAUCGGCACACUCAACAGCAACAUUUUCUGCGGAUCGAGGUAGGCGAGCUACAAUCUGUAAAGUAUAGCCGUAUGCACGUGUGUUCAUUCAGAACUCCCGCCAUAAAAAUUUGAAUUUAUUUUCGAAGGGCGCUACGCACCGAUUCAAAAUUUUCGUUUGCCGCCUUUACGCCGGCGUACGCCCAUUGGCUGCGUGUCGCCCCUGUGCAAACACCGUUCUAGAUAUUUUGCGUACUUGGCACCAGAUACUACGCAAAUUUUAGGCCAGCUGUUUAUUUAUUCAAAUUAAAGAGUGCGAGAUUGAAGAGACGCCGACGAUGUUCGGUAGGGCGCGCUUGCAUGCGCGUAACAGUUCGAACGCUCGUGCGUAUGGGCCAUGCAAAACUUAUCGGCUAAUGCAGUUUCUCAGGUAAAACGUUUGUAAUCGAGCUAGCUAAUUCGCGCUUCUAACCGGACCUAAUGGGGCUAUUCAGACUGUGAAAAAAAUGAUUGUUUUCCGUUUUUUUCGUUUUUUUACGUCAAAAAAUCCAAUUCAGCGAUGUAAAAAAAACGAAAAAAACGGAAAACAAACAAACGCUGAAUAGCCCCAUAAUUAGAUUGUCAAUUUACUGCGAUUAGACUGCAAAUUCUUCUAACUGGACUGAUAAAUGUUUCUAAUUAGAUUGGCGAAGCUAAUUAGAUUGCAAGAACACUGAUAUCACAUUCGAAAUUUAUCUAAUUAGAUUAAAAUGUCGGGCAAACCUAGCUAGAUUGUGUUUAGAUUGCAAAAUCAGCUAUCAAUCAGGUAGCAAUCUAACUAGGUCCGGUUAGAAACGAGAAUUAGCUAGUUAGAUUAGAAACGAUUUGCCUGUGAGUUGAUGCUGAAUACUAUGGUAUCGUUUCUUUCCCAACAGUAUUGUGAGACAGGGGGCUGGGCGAGUUUCUGAUUCAACCGGAAAUUUCUCAAGAAAAACAAGGGGCGAGAGAGCAGCGAUUUGCGUGCGCCACAAGAGAGAGAGAGAGAGAGACAGUUUCUCUCUUUUGGCGCGCAAAUCGCUUUUCCCUCGUUUUUCCGGGAUUUUUUAUUUUUACCGUAAAAGAGUAAUAGCUUUUCAGAAGCCAUUUACUAGCCCCCGAAGAACGCGAAUUUCCACGGGCAGUUUUGUUGUUUAGUUAUUUUUUUUUUAACCGGAGAAACCGGAGGUUUUGUUCCGUCUUCCGUCUGCCGUCUUCCGGAAAAAAAAUUUUCUUCCGUCUUCCGUUUUCCGUGUUCCGUAAAAAAAAUUUCUUCCCGAUUUCAAAAUUCCAUUUCCGCUCAACUCUGAUUUGCAUCUUAAGAUUCACGCACGCGGCGGCCCGCGAAGGCCAUCUGCCGACGUUCCUCUCGUGCAUAAACGAAGAGUCGAACAGUCCGCGCGCGGCGCUCCUCUUCCAACUCCUCUGCACAAUCGCCGUCACUUUUGUGGACACGAACUCGCUCAUCAACUACGUCGCAUUCGUGAUGUUCGGCCAGCGAUUCUUCACGAUGACCGCGCUCAUGUGGAUCCGAUACCGAAAGAUUCCGGUGGCCGCGGACGCCAUCAAAGUGCCCAUCAUCUUUUCCGUUCUCUUCUGGCUCAUCACUAUUGCACUGGUCGUCGUGCCGUUCGUUGAGGAGACCACGGUAAUUUCGAGUUUUAGAAACUGUUUUGUUUAGAAAAACAAUCAAUUCUUUUCAGCACACAAUCGUCGGAGUGGGCCUCGUGCUCGUCGGCCUCAUUCUCUAUUUCAUUUUCAAAAAACCCAAGACACUUCCGCAAUUUUUGCUGAAUCUUAACGGUAAUUCACUCAUUUUUCGCUAUAAAAUCGUUGUUUGUGACUGGAGGAAAUCUCUGGAAAGUGUCAUUUUAAAUCAUUGAUUUUUCGUUCACACUUUCCCAAUUAAAGCCAGUUUUUUGCCGGGUGUAUUCAAAAUGAUCGUUAUUUUCAGACGGAAUGGCACGUGUGACAUGCCGAAUUCUGUACUCGACGCCCGACCUGAAACACCAUCAUCUGAACUCGUCGACCGAGGAGAAAAGCGGUGAGGAGGGUGUGGUGUCGCCGAGAUUCACCAGUGAGUGCCGUAGAUUUUGUUGUAGUGCACGGCGACCAAAAACGUAGAAAGAGGCGUGGCCUAGCGUGCACGGUUUAUCACCAUUUUGGCGCGAAAUUCGAAAUUUAACCCCCUAUUUUUCAUGUUUUUCGUCAAAAAUUACCCAAAUUUUGUACGAUUUUGACGAUGUAAUUGCAUAACUUUGUUAAACUAAUCAUCGCGCACUUUUUAAACUUAAAACGAGCAGGUUUAAUUCAGAAAUGAAUCGAUUAAAUCGAUUUUUAAGUUUUGCGGCGAAAAUGCGCGAAUUUCAGUCAUUCGCCGAUACUUUUUGCCGUUUUAACGCUUUAAAUACUUGUAUUAACGUGCUUAAUCACUUCCGACACUCACUUCGUCUCAAAACUAUCCACAUCGGCCGGUAUGAAAAUUCCGAAAUUGCGGCGGCGAUUGGCCGCGGAGAGCGUAUUGCGAAAUAUGCCAAAAACGUCUCAAACGCGGCGUUUUCACGAAAAUUACGAUGUUUUCUCUUUCUAAUGUCUUCUUUCGUCGAUAUCAAACACAAAAAUGACGGAAAAGUGUGCUGGAAUUGCGGCAAUUUUCAGAAAACGCGUCUCAGAUUAGGCCACGCCCCUUUCUACAAUUUUGGUCGCCGUGUAGUGUUGGAAAUUGUAGUCUCAUUGUCAAUUUUACGUCAAUUAAUGUGUUUUGCCAACUUCAGCUGAAUCGAUUUUGAGCCCGGAAGAGCUGACGAAUCUUGCCACCGAAGAAGAAAGUUCGCGACUUUGA